CACAGUUCAGUUACUGACACCUGUUUGAAGAAGGCUGGACAAGGUUUAUGUGCCAAAAAAGAAACCUCCUAUACCAGUGAUGGCGAACCUGUCACACAGAAACAUUGCAUGCACAUGCUUGUCAGGGCCACACACGCUUGUCGGGGGUCAUACAUGCUUGUCGGGGGGCGCGCUCCAGAAAAGCUGAACUUCUGGGUUCUAGCGUGCAUGCACGCCUGAUGAUCAGCUGGCUGGCGCACAUCCACGGGCCAGUUUUCGGCACUGUUGUGCGCGUGAAGGGAUCGUGUUCCAGAAAAGUCGAACUUCCGGCUUCUGGCAUGCUUGCGCACCCGACAAUCAGCUGGACGGCACGCAUAUGCACACCGGUUUUCAGCACUGCCAUGUGUGCGAAGGACAACUAAUCGUCGUGCGCGCAUGCAUGCUAGAAACCCGGAAGACAAACAGGUAAGGCUGUGCGUGCCAGGCAACAUGGCUUCGCGGGCCACUUUUGGACACCUGUGCCAUAGGUUCACCAUCAUGGCCCUACACCAAUUUUGACCACAUCAAAGAGUAGAGUGAAAAAUUUCUUUGUUUCUCAUUUUAGUUAGGGAUCUUCCAGAAUGCUUUGUUUCCCAGGAUGGAUUGGAAAUAGAAGUCUGCAUAGGAGGCAGCUAUAUUUGAUGCCGUAAAACAAUUACCUUAAUUGUCCUUUUUAUCUAGCUCUGUACUGAGAACUGCCUUCCUGCUCCUCCUGUUGGUCAGUGCAACUUGGUUACUGGGUCUGAUGGCAGUAAAUAGUGGCAUAAUGACCUUUCACUACUUGUUUGCUAUCUUUAGCUGCUUACAGGGCCUGUUCAUCUUUUUCUUCCACUGUAUAUUCAACAAGGAAGUGAGGAAGCAUUUGAAGGAUACAUUCACUGGAAAGAAGUCAUUUCCAGAUGAUUCCACAACAACUAGAGCCACCCUGUUAACCCGGUCUCUGAAUUGCAAUGAUACGUAUAUCGAAGAACCAAACAUGUAUCGAACCACGAUUGGGGAAUCCACCGUCUCCUUAGAAAGCAGCAUCAGUAGAGAUGAAACUGCCCAGAAACACAGCAUAUCAAGUCCAGCGAGAGCUGGUAAUACAGAAGGAGAUUCUUCCAUCUUCCAAAGGAAGCCAUCAAAAUCCAAUGAACGUGAUUCUGAUUCUGACAGUGAACUGUCCCUUGAUGAACACAGCAGUUCGUAUGCUUCCUCUCACUCGUCAGAUAGUGAGGAAGAUGUGAUAGGCGUGGAGAAGAAAUGGAACACUGGCACUGUGAAAAACAACGAACGGAUUCCAGUCCACAGCACUCCUAAAGUUGAUACAGUACCCAAUCAUGUAAGACCUUACUGGCCAUCUGAGGGCGUCGAUGCAAGUGAUGAGGAGGAGCCGAAUGCAAAACAAAAACUGAAGGUGGAAACCAAAGUUAAUGUAGAACUGCAUCAGGAAAAUCAAGUGAACCACAGCAGUGAAAUACCUCAGGAAAAAGAGGACGAGGGGCAGCAGAAGGAGAAUAAACCAGUCCCUCAUCAAAACCAUCAGCCACCAGAACAGAGGAAAGGCAUAUUGAAAAAUAAAAUCACCUACCCUCCUCCAUUGGUGGACAAAAACAUGAAGAAUCGGCUACGAGAAAAAUUGUCAGACUAUCAUCAAACUGCCAUCUCCCCUAAAACAACUUCUGUUGGGACUAACAAUGGUGUUCGCUCCACUUCAGACUCUGGAGUAACCAUCAAAAACCCAAGAAGAGAAAACCCUCCAGAACAGAUGAAUGGCUUAGCCAUGAAUGUUCACAUGGGGACAAUAACGGCUGAGAAUAACUCGGAUUCUGAAGGCAGUAAUGAAACUUCAAUUUGAACCAUCAGGAAAUAGUGAAGAAGACUCUGGUGCCUUGGAUAAAUUACUCUACUGUAACAUUGUGGUCGUCCCCUGUGGUUGGAGUCUGCAUUCAUUUGCCAUUUGCCAUGGAGUGAGGAUGCCAAGACUGUCACCUUGGGAAGCUGCACCUACUUGUGACAAUCCCACAAUUUCCUGUGAGUUGCUCAUUGAAGUUACAGAUAGCGAGCCCUUCCGAGUACUUGCCCGACUGCAUCAUUUGUGCCAUAUGGAGACCAGUAAAUGGAAUUCAUUAUUGGGGGAAGAAAUGACUUUGAAAUAUGGACUGAGCCAUAGGAAUGCUACAAGGAGUAUAGAGCAGGAGAAAUCCAUCUUGAACAAGAGACUCACCUUUGAGGAAUAAAUUGUCAAUAAUACACAAGAUCUGAUUUUAUGCUGGGGUUUUUACUCAAUUUCAGCAAGAUUGCAGAACUCCGGAGGACAAUGUAUCCCAUCAGGUUCUUCUCAAAUUUCUAUCCCAAGGGACGCCUUGCCUUAAAAUACAUUGUUUUAUAUAAAUAUAUAUAAAUACAUCUAUAUAUAUAGCUGUAGAUAAUUUUAUACAUUUUAUAUGGCAGUUCUUUUGUAUAUUUCAUAUAUUUGCUGUUGUGUUCUUUUUUUCAAAUUUGAUAGCAGGAGAGCAAAGAACUUUGAUAUUUUUUAUAUUAAAAAAGAAUUGCAUGAGUUUACUUGUAUUUGGCAUUUCAGCGGAGAGGGAAAGGGAGAAGAAUCUAAAGCUUGAUUUGUGAGUCUUUUUAAAAAAGACUGACAUGUUAGAGUAUCUAAAUUCAUUCAUUUAUGAUAUGAAUCUGAAAUGUUUUUAAAGGCUGCAAUGUGUACUUUUAUGGCCUCAGGACAAUAUUUUUGCGUAAGCCUGGAGUCUCACUGGAUUUCUUCAUUGCAUUGAGUUACAAUAGGUGGCUUGUUCAUUUGUGCCUUAACAUGUCAUGUAAAUCCAAUUGUGGAUUGUAAGUCACUGCUUCUAGCUUGGCAGAGUUUAGGAAUCCAUCUCAUAAAUGAAGCCCCAGUAGGUUUCUAAGGAAGUUUGGUUCUCUUUGCAUCCUUCAGCAUAUUUAGAUUCUUCCUCCCCCUUGGGUGGAGUCCAUAGCCAAUCGUCAGCAUUGUUUUGAAAUUACUACAAAUUUUUAAUAGUGUCAUCUAAUUCUGUUGAAAUUUAUCUAACUUUUGAAGCUUGCCUCCUGUUCAUUUUGCUCUUUUAAAAAACAAAAUUACACUCUGUUCCCAUAAUUGACUCUUUAGAAAAAGUUUAAGAAUAUUUUAAUUACUCCAUCUUUUAGAAAAGGUCGAAAGAGUUUUUGAAAUAAAUGAAACCUCUUGUCAAGGGAACUAAAUAUCUUCACAGCGUUGUGUUCGAAACAGUUGGGAGAAAGGACCAGCUCUGUCGGUUUUUCAUUUCUGUCGUCUUUAUAAAUUAGGGUAUAUUUGAGAAAAGGUCUAUUUUGGAAUGUUUCAGGCAUGAUUAGACCCACAAUUAAUUUUUCUCAAUCAACGGGGAAAAUACACGGGACUUUCAUUAACUCAAACCACUUUGGAAUUAAUCGAACUACUAUAUAUAAGGAGAAAAAAGAUCAUAUAAGAUAGGAAAUCUGUAGACCACAAAUCCCAAAACACAUCUAAAUUGAUGUGAACCUUCCCCCACAGAUAAAAAUGAUAAUUUCACUGGUUUUUAGCAUUGGACAAAAAAAAGUAUACCACCUUUAUCAUUUAUUUCUAACCUGCAUCGCACUGGAAUUCUCAAACUUUUGGUACUACAACUGCCUCUUGAGCUUGCAUGGAUAAAGCAAGAAGCUUUGAGAACAUUCUCAAGGCAAUUUGCUUGUUUCUCCAUCUUUAAUUGUAAAAUCCCUUCCCUGAAUUCCUGACUUACAGUUUCAGAACUGCUCUAGUUCAAAUAAUGUUGCCUUAGUUGUGUAUUUCCUAAUGGCCUCAAGCAGGUGUGAUUUUUUUAGCCAAAGUGCCUUUUCCCUCAGUUCUGGAAUAUCAGGAUAAGAGUAGCCAACUCUUAGUAUGAUGAUGAUUGAUAAUUUACAUGCAAGGUUUAAAAUAUUACUAGAAGAACCUAUAUGAGAGCUCAGUGUUUAUUUCCGAACUCAUUCUCAUUUAUGAUUUUGCCUCUCCAAUUAAAAAGCAUCAGGAGCGGGAAAUGUUUGGAUGCUUAGGAAGAUUCAAUAAUCCUUUUUUUUUUCUUUUCAAGAAAUCUGUCAUCUAAAUUUAGAUUUAUAAAUUCAGAAUUUGAUCUGAGGAAGGUUACUGUCCUUCAAUGAAAUGGACUUCUGCAAGAAAAAAAAAAUGAAGCCAAAACGUAUUUUAAGACAUCUCUGAAUUUUGUUUGCAUUAUUAAUUUUUUGAUAUUUUUUGAAUUUAUUAAUCAGAAGAAUGAGGUAGGCGGGUAGGAGGCACAAUUUUACACAUUCAAAUUGAAUUAAAGUUUCAUAAUUUAGCAUCUCUUAUCGGCUUGUUGGAUUUCCUGUCCUACCAGAGGGCAGUGUUGGGAGAAAUUCCCCCUUAAUUGUGUUUAAUAUGAAAGCAUUUAGAUCAUUUCCUGUUUUAUCUGUGGUGUAGUUUAUACUUAGCAUUACUUCUAACUGCAGAAACCCCUUCUUUUCAGUUGUGACGUUGUAGAAGGAAUGCCGUGUUACUUAUGGUAGGAGCAACAUUAGAAGUCGGAUAGCACCUUUUCUGAAUAACAAAAGUGUGUUCCUCUUCAUAAAACGUAUUAGUUGAUGCUACGAGACUACUUCACUUUGAGUGAAUGUGCAAGAAAAUAAGCAGGUGCACACCAGGCAUGAUUUAAUUAAUGAACUUGCACAAAGUCUAAAAUGUUUCUUAUGCAGAUUUGAAUCAGCAGAUUGUUUAUUUUGCUAAGAAAACAGCCCAGCUUGUAUUGAUUCAAAUCAAGAUUGAACUUUUGAAUUUCUGUAAAUCCUGAGAAAGCAUGCAUAUUCCUUGGUGGUUGGUCUGAAAGUUAAAAUACUUCACUUUGCAGCUCAACAUCUCUUAUAUUACCAAGCAGCGUAAUUUAUAGACUUUGACAAUGCAUGCAUAGGUACCCACAUGCACAAUCAUUAUCCAAAAUAACCCAAGUGCACAGAAUUGCCUUGUGAGAAAGCAUGUUUUUUGAACUGUAGAGCAGUGGUUCUCAACUCUUUCCAUUCUGCGGACCAGUGGUAGUGGGAGGAAAGGAGAGGGUGUGUGUUGCGCAUGUGUGCCGCUUACACAAAUGCGACUUCGUUUCCUUGCUUGCUCUUCUGUGGCUUCUGGGCCACGGACUGGGGGUUGGAGACCUCCACUGUAGUGAAGUACUUCUAAACCUUGGUAGCUUGAGGAGGUGCGGACUUCAACUCCCAGAAUUCCUGAGCCAACGUGGGAAUUGAAAUCCGCACGUCUUCAAGUUGCCAAAGUUGAGAAAUGCUGAUGUAGAGAAUAAUGUCAGUUAAUGAAGAGAAGAACAGAUGUUCUUGUUUUGAACAUCAGCUGUGUUUCGUAUUUAUAUUUCUCAGAACUCUUGCUGCUUUCCCCCCACUUUCAUAUAGAAAAGCAGAUGCCAACUGACAAACACACUCCAACUAAGUUAGAGACAUUUACACCCAUUUUUUUUUCAGUGGGAGAAUUAAAAAUCUACCUAAACUAUUGGCCCUCUGAAUUGUAAAAGUGUUUAAUGUGGAUUGGAGGUUUGGCUAUUCUGCUUUUAAAGAUUGUGUGUACAAAUUUUACUUUUUUUCAAACCUAGACAAAAGUCCCAUAUAAAAUGAAUGUUUGCUAAAUUAUUAUUUUUUAAAUCAACCUUGAUUCCACGAGGCCUUUUUAGAAGAGGGGAAGAGUCAUGCUCUUUAAAUAUAUAUAUAUAUGUAUGUUGCUUUCAUGCUGCAUAAAACUUUGAUGUAAAAAAAUUGAAUGUGUAACUAUUUGCCUAUCAUUCGUCAAUAUGUGCUAAAUGAUGUGACAUCUGUGUCUGUGUGUAUAUUUUGCCCAAUGAGAUGUAGUGAGUUAUUUUUGAUCAGAAGACCAGCUGCGUGUGCUAGCCACAGAGGAAAUAAGGACCUAUUUUUUAUGAUUUUAGACACCGGAGAAUUUUAAAAAUGUAUAUUUAUUAAAGUUCAAAACACUGGAAUUUGUGUUGAGAAAAUGUAAUGGCAAAUUAAAGGUUUGAAUUUGUUUGUAUUUUUAUGAUAACCAUUUAUUUCCAUAAAAUGAUGCCUUGUGAAUUUA